AUGGUGCUGAUCGACAACCAAAUAAACUAUGUGUUCCAGAAACGAUAUGUGAAGUUUGAUGGGAAGAACUUGAUGUACUAUGGUAGUGAAAAGGAUGCUUAUCCCAAAGGUGUGAUUCCCUUAGCUGCCAUACAGAUGGCCCGUGUAGCCAAAGACAAUAAAUUUGAGGUCGUCACAAGUCACAGGACAUUUGUCUUCCGAGCUGAUAAUGAUGUUCAGAGGUGCAAAUGGUGCAGCACGCUGCAGGAGCGGGUCAAAGAACAGCUGGUUUUCGGCCGCCCACGUUUUGGCCCCGGCAGUCACUGCCAAAAGAGCGGCUUCCUGGAGCUCAAAACCAAGUCAAAGAUCUACACAGCCAUUAUAAUGGAGCAGAUCUGGUUGUACAAGAGUGAACAGUGCUUUAAAAAUGGAAUUGGAAUUACUGUAAUUGAGGCCAGAGGUGCAACAAUUCGUGAUGGGAAGGGCAAGAGCUUUGAUCUCAUUACACCUUAUAAAACCUUCAGCUUUACAGCAGAGUCGGAGCGAGAGAAGAGGGACUGGAUGGAGGCCCUGCAGGAAUCUAUAACGGAGACACUAUCUGAUUAUGAGGUGGCGGAGAAGAUCUGGUCCAACAGGUCCAACAAGAUCUGCGCAGACUGCAAAGCCAUCAAUUCGGACUGGGCAUCCAUCAAUCUCUGUGUGGUCAUCUGCAAGAACUGUGCAGGCCAGCAUCGAGGUCUCGGCACAAUGGUGUCGAAAGUGCAGAGUCUGAAACUAGACACCAGCGUGUGGAGCAAUGAGAUCGUUCAGCUCUUCAUAAUGCUUGGCAAUGAUAGAGCCAAUGAAUUUUGGGCAGCCAGACUUCCUGUGACUGAGGAGCUGGACUGUGACGCCUCCCCAGAGCAGCGGAGAGAGUUUAUCACCCACAAAUACAGAGAAGGCAGAUAUCGCCACCCUCAUCCCAGUUUUAGCACCCAAGAGGAACUUCUUAAGGCGCUGUGCACCGCUGUGACUGAGCAGAACCUGCUAAAAACGGUCACUCAGAUUUUUGCGGAGGCUGAGGCCGCUCGACUCGCUGACGCUAAUGGAAACGAUAAGCGCGUGUCCCCGCAUUACUCAUACACACAGUCUGCAGAUUCAGAUUCCUGUGUCUAUGAUGAGAUCAUGCAGCCCAUCCUGUACUCCGGCUACCUCUACAAGUCAAGCUCCUUGAACAAAGGGACGUUAUCCCGCAGAACCAGAGACGCAGAUUUUCAAAAGUACUGGUGUUCGGUGGAGAAGUCUAUUCUCUUCUAUGAGUCUGACAGAUGUCAUGAGCCCAGUCUGAAGAUCGAUGUUAAAGACAUCAUCUGUUUAGGAGUUAGCAGGCCAGACUCCAGCAACAACAGCGGCUUUAUUGACAAAUUUCGAUACACUUUUGAACUUUACCUAACAUCUGAUAAACUGAUCCAGUUUGGCUUGGAGACUUCAGAUGCAUUGCACAGUUGGGCGCGAGCAAUAGGGAAGGCCACCACACCUCUCAGCUGUCACUGCCUGCUGGUGCGAGAGUUCGAGAGAGUGGGCGUACUGCGCUACAAGGCUAUGCUAGACCCGCAGCAGUGGAAAGAAGGCUUCUUUGUUCUGCAGAAGUCCAACCUGUUCAUAUGCCCUGGAAAUGAUGGAGCCGCAGAGGAUAUUAUAAACCUGAAACGCCUUCAGGAGCUCAGCAUUGCAUCCGAAACCGAGAACCAUGAGAAGAAGGACAUCCUGGUUCUUGUUGAGAAAGGAAGGACUCUGCAUCUGCAGGGCAUGGGCAGGACCGAUUUCUCCCUGUGGUACACAGACAUUCAGAAGGCAGCAGGAGGGAAAGGGAACACCCUGAAAGACCAGCAGCUCAGCAGAAAUGACAUCCCCAUCAUCGUUGACAGCUGCAUUGCCUUUAUAACUCAGUAUGGUCUGGGCCAUGAGGGGAUAUACAGGAAAAAUGGUGCGAAGUCCAGAAUCAAGCUUUUGAUGGAGGAGUUUCGUAAGGACGCCCGCAAUGUGAAACUCCGCAUUGGAGAUAACUUCAUAGAGGACGUGACCGAUGUACUGAAAAGGUUCUUUCGGGAGAUUGAUGAUCCCAUAUUCAUGGCUGAUCUCCACCCCUUCUGGAGGGAAGCUGCCAAGAUACCUCAAAAGCCACAGCGUUUGGACCGAUACAAAGAGCUGAUUCGAGGGUUACCUCGGGUCAACAGAACGACUUUAGCAGCUCUCAUCAGUCAUCUCUACAGGGUGCAGAAGUGUGCUGAUCUCAAUCAGAUGUGCACUAAGAACCUGUCCCUGCUGUUCGCUCCCAGCCUGUUUCAGACUGAUGGUAAAGGGGAACAUGAGGUCAAAAUCAUAGAAGACCUCAUCGAUAACUUCCUGUAUAUAUUUGAUAUUGAUGAAGAACAUCAAACUCAGAUUGAACUGGAAAUCAGUUUGAUAACCACUUGGAGAGACACACAGCUCUCACAGGCAGGGGACUUGAUUAUUGAAGUUUAUCUAGAAGAAAAGAUACCAGACUGCUGCAUCACUCUGAAAGUGUCUCCCACAAUGUGUGCUGAGGAGCUGACCAAUCAGGUGCUGUAUAUGAGAAAUAUUCCUGCAGGGGAAAAAGACGUGUGGAUGACCUUUGAGGCCAUCGAGGAAGGAGAGCUUGAGCGACCUCUUCACCCUAAAGAGAAGGUUCUGGAACAAGCGCUACAGUGGUGUAAAAUGGCCAAUCCCAGCUCAGCAUAUCUGGUGGUGAAGAAGGUGCCUAGAGGAGAAGCUAUAGACAUUUUCACAGCCUAUAAGAGUGAGAUAGUGAAGUCUGGAGUGCUGAAGUGUCGGGAAGAGCCGCCCAAGCUCUUGCAAGGAAACAAAUUCCAGGAGCGAUCUUUCCAAAUUAAAGACCACAGAUUACUCCUGAUGAAGGACAAAAAAAGCAACAAACCUGAGAAAGAGUGGCAACUGAAAACCUUGAAGAUUUACAUGGGGAUCAGAAAGAAGUUAAAGCCACCAACAAAAUGGGGAUUAACAGUGAUGCUGGAUAAACAGCAAUUGUACCUCAGCUGUUCCUGUGAGACUGAACUAUGGGACUGGAUGACUAAUUUACUAAAAGCACAGAAUGAUGAUUUGCGUCCACCUGUGAUGAGACGGCACUCUUCCUCUGACAUUUCCAAGCAGAAGUUUGGCACCAUGCCGCUUGUGCCCAUCAGAGGAGAGGAGAGCAAUACCAACUCCACCAUGCUCUCCGCCAAUCAGACUCUGAGAAAGCUCCACACAAGAAGGGCUCUUUCAAUGUUCUUUCCCAUGAAGGUGCAGCAGGACUCGUUUGAGGAGCGCAUUGAAAGCCCCGAGCCUUUGUAUGAGGAGGUGGGCGACUUCGGUCUGCAGGUGCUCAAAUCUUUGGAAACUAGUUUCCUGUCCAGCGCUCACGCAGAGACACAGGAGGUGCCAGCACGGCCCGUCAGCCUCGGACAGAGGAAGGCCGCCUCCCUGGAUCGCAUGGUUGGGUUAAACCCAGUGCACUCUCUCUUAUCCUCUAGAGAAUCAAUAGACACUCUGGGCCAGGAGGACUCCCUGCACGUCCCAGGUAGACACAGGUCCCACAGAUCAUGCAGCCCCCAACAGGAACUGCUGUUACAGGAACUCUCCACGAUGUUCUACAAGAAACCAGAGUCUGAAGAGCAGCAUGAGAACCUCACCUGAGCUUAGAGACUAGAUCAAUCUCAAGAGCAAUUUGCUUUGGAACUUGAAAUCGCUGUUAUUAAAUUGCCACGUGUGUCUGUUUGAAAUUGGCUUGUAAGAAUCCAGUAUUAAAUCCAUCGGUUUAUUAACGUGAAGUAUCAUGCCAAAGCAGUCACUGAAAUGAAAAUCUGUGAAUCUGUGCUAGAAUUGUUUUGUAUAAAUUGGGUAAAUCUGUUUUGGCUUGUGCAUUUGUUGACUUGCUACACUAAAACUAAUCGACCUCUCAACAUUUUAAAAAAAUUCCCUUUUUUUUAUCGUUGUUAUAUGUUAUUGUUGUAUUAUUUGUACCUAAAGAUGAAAUUACAUUUCAGUUCCUUUUCGUAAAAAUAAAUUUCUUGGCUCAGUAACAUUACAUGUUUAGUAUAACAGUAAGAAAUGCAUGGAAAGCAACGCAUGUGCGGUCUGUAAUACAUAAUCGGUGGUCUUAUUUGCAGUGAAAACAUUUACAUUGAUAUUCCUGGACUGCAGACUGAUUAAAUGACUACUGUAUGGGUGCAUUUCACUCCAUCUUUUAUAUGUAUACAGUGUAUUAUAUUUAUUAAUUUAUUUAUAUAGACUGUUUGAAUCAUUCUCAUAUUUCUCAGUGUUUGGUGACAGAGUGAAGGAGCAUUAUCAGAAGGAUAAAAGCAGUUUCGACUGUAACAGUAGAGGGCAGUAUAGAUACAGCACAUGAUGUCCUGACAAUCUAAAGCGUUUCACUGCAGAUUUUCACUCCUCUUUACAGGCUUUUAAUAAAGGCAUCUAUAAAGUUCAUAAAAUAAAUCUGUUCUAAU